AUGGGGAAUAUAGGCCUCGGGACACACCUAGGAGACACACACCUAGUGGACACAACUCAUAACGAACUGAACUGGGAGACAACCCUGGAAGAUACACACCUGGGGGAUACAUCUAACUGUGAGACAACCCAGGAAGAUACACACCUGGGGGAUACAUCUAACUGGGAGACAACCCUGGAAGAUACACACCUGGGGGAUACAUCUAACUGGGAGACAACCCAGGAAGAUACACACCUGGGGGAUACACCUAACUGGGAGACAACCCUGGAAGAUACACACCUGGGGGAUACAUCUAACUGGGAGACAACCCAGGAAGAUACACACCUGGGGGAUACAUCUAACUGGGAGACAACCCAGGAAGAUACACACCUGGGGGAUACAUCUAACUGGGAGACAACCCUGGAAGAUACACACCUGGGGGAUACAUCUAACUGGGAGACAACCCUAGAAGAUACACACCUAGUGGACAGACCUAACUGGGAGACAACCCAGGAAGAUACACACCUGGGGGAUACAUCUAACUGUGAGACAACCCUGGAAUAUACACACCUGGGGGAUACAUCUAACUGUGAGACAACCCAGGAAGAUACACACCUAGGGGAUACACCUAACUGGGAGACAACCCUGGAAGAUACACACCUAGGGGAUACACCUAACUGGGAGACAACCCUGGAAGAUACACACCUGGGGGAUACAUCUAACUGGGAGACAACCCUGGAAGAUACACACCUGGGGGAUACAUCUAACUGGGAGACAACCCAGGAAGAUACACACCUAGGGGAUACACCUAACUGGGAGACAACCCUGGAAGAUACACACCUAGUGGACAGACCUAACUGGUACACGCCUAACAGGGAGACAACCCUGGAAGAUACACACCUAGGGGACACAACUAACUUGGAGAUAACCCUGGAAGAUACACACCUAGGGAAUACAUCUAACAGGGAGACAACUCUGGAAGAUACACACCUAGGGAAUACACCUAACUGGGAGACAACCCUGGAAGAUACACACCUGGGGGACACACCUAGUUGGGAGACAACCCUGGACGAUACACACCUAGGGGACACACCUAGUUGGGAGAAAACCCUGGAAGAUACACACCCAGGGGACACACCUAACUGGGAGACAACCCUGGAAGAUACACAACUAGGUGACCCACCUAACAGGGAGAGAACCCUGGAAGAUACACACCUAGGGGACACACCUAGUUUGGAGACAACCCUGGAAGAUACACACCUAGGGGACACACCUAACAGGGAGACAACCCUGGAAGAUACACACCUAGGGGACACACCUAGUUGGGAGACAACCCUGGAAGAUACACACCCAGGGGAGACAACUAACAGGGAGACAACCCUGGAAGAUACACACCUAGGGGACACGCCUAACAGGGAGACAACCCUGGAAGAUGCACACCUAGGGGACACACCUAGUUGGGAGACAACCCUGGAAGAUACACAUCUAGGGGACACACCUUACAGGGAGACAACCCUGGAAGAUACUCAUCUAGGGGAUACACCUUGUUGGGCGACAAUCCUGGAAGAUACACACCUAGGGGACACGCCUAACAGGGAGACAACCCUGGAAGAUACACACCUAGGGGACACACCUAACAGGGAGAGAACCCUGAAAGAUACACACCUAGGGGACACGCCUAACAGGGAGACAACCCUUGAAGAUACACACCUAGGGGACACACCUUACAGGGAGACAACCCUGGAAGAUACAUACCUGGGGGACACAACUAACUGGGAGAUAAUCCUUGAAGAUACACACCUAGGGAAUACACCUAACAGGGAGACAACCCUUGAAGAUACACACCCAGGGGACACGCCUAACAGGGAGACAACCCUUGAAGAUACACACCUAGGGGACACACCUUACAGGGAGACAACCCUGGAAGAUACAUACCUGGGGGACACAACUAACUGGGAGAUAAUCCUGGAAGAUACACACCUAGGGAAUACACCUAACAGGGAGACAACCCUGGAAGAUACACACCCAGGGGACACGCCUAACAGGGAGACAACCCUUGAAGAUACACACCUAGGGGACACACUUAACUGGGAGACAACCCUGGAAGAUACACACCUAGGUGACCCACCUAACAGGGAGAUAACCCUGGAAGAUACACACCUAGGGGACACACCUAACAGGGAGACAACCCUGGAAGAUACACACCUAGGGGACACACCUAACAGGGAGACAACCCUGGAAGAUACACACCCAGGGGACAGACCUAACUGGGAGACAACCCUGGAAGACACACACCUAGGGGACACACCUAACUGGGGGACAACCCUUGAAGAUGCACACCUAGGGGACACCCCUUACUGGGAGAUAACCCUGGAAGAUACACAUCUAGGGGACACACCUAACUGGGGGACAACCCUUGAAGAUACACACCUAGGGGACACACCUAACAGGGAGAUAACCCUUGAAGAUACACACCUAGGGGAUACACCUAACUGGGAGACAACCCUUGAAGACACACACCUAGGGGACACACCUAACUGGGAGACAACUCUGGAAGACACACACAUAUGUCACCCAGUGAUCUGA